AUGUCGAAUUUAGACCAGUUGGUGAAGGGCGCGCCGCCUCCUGGGAAGCAGUACCCCAUACCAACGACAACGCCCAUCAUAUCGCCCGACACUCUAAAUCCGAACGCCUCAACUGUGGCAGACCCAUUGGCUUCUCUUCCCUCGUCUCCUCCCCAGAUCUACCUCAAUCUCCUGAUUCUUGAAGCAUCCCUGCGGGCGCAAUGGCUUGAACUGCGAACAAGAAGGCGGCACCAUACAUUUUUCCUGACGCUCCUCGGUUUAUGGAUAUUAUACUUCGGAUACGCGUUGUUCCUGAAACCCCGAGAAGAUGGCAGCGGCGUUGGAGGUUCGGUAUACUGGGUGGUGGAGGUUACGGAAAAGGUUUGCUUCAUGGGUGGUAUUGUGACUGGUUUGUUGAUCUGGGGCACUGGACAAUGGGAGCGAGGGAUUCGAUGGCCACGGCGGUGGGUCUAUACUACAAACAGGGGACUAAGGGGGUUCAAUUGCAAGCUGGUUGUGAUAAAGCAAUCAUUGUGGAGAGAGAUACUGUCCACCCUGUCAUUCAUCUUUUCCUACGGAUUAUUAUCCGGCAACAUUGGAAGUUCAUAUCGAUACGUCAACCCUACGUUACUGAGAGAGUCAGAGAAAGGGCAGCGAAGUGGCGGGCAUCCUGCCCUACCAAAUAUACAUGAGGAUGACGAGAUGGGCCUUGAGGAAGAUCUGGCCCCUGGCGGGGACUACAUCAAGCUGUUGCUGCUUCCGAAGCCCUUUUCUCCAAAUUUCCGAGAGAACUGGGAUAUAUAUCGGACGGAAUACUGGGAGAAGGAGAAUGAACGACGCAGCCUUUUACGGCAGAAGCUCAAGGAGCAUGAUAGGAAGAUUGCAAAGGAUCAGGGAGGGUGGUUGUGGUGGACAGGCUACCGUGGCUUCGGUCGUGGGAAGACUCCUGAUCCCGAGAAGACUCAACAUCCUGCCCAUCACCGGCAUAGCCAUCUCGAGAAGGAUCACAAGCGGACUCGAAGCGGAAGUAUACGCUCGGGCUCUCACUCUCGCAACUCUUCUCGAAGUACUACACCUACCGUUGACUUAGAGGAGGGUGCUCUAAGGGGACAUGUGCGCCGUGGGAGCAAUGCAUCGAGUGCGUCUGAGAGACGGAGAAAGAAGAGUACCGCCGGUGGUACUGCUGGGCCCAGAAUACAGAAGCUUACUCCUGGAUCCCGGGCUGCAUCUCCCGAAGUGCCUUCUCCUCUGGUAAAUGAGAGCAGCUUUUCGAGUGUCUCGUCUGCGGAUAAGGAGGCUCCAGCUGAUGAAUCGGCUGCUGCCAGAUCCGCUGGUUCCGUGGCACGGAGGGCUAGCUCAGUUAAACCUCCUAAAUAG